ACGAGCCCGCAUAUGGGCACGGCGCGGAGGCGCGGCCGCGGGGCUCCCCCGAGCCUCCCGCCCCCCGCCGUGCGCUCCCUCCCUCCCUCCCCGGCGCCGCCGUUCGCCGGGAGGCGCCGAGCCGAGGCGUGAGGGAUGCUUUUGUGUGCGAGGGGAGCGGCGGCGAGCGGCGGAGCCAGCGGCUGCGACUGCGGGGCAGGUGGCCGCAGCCCUCUCGGCGGGAGAUGUUGAAUUAGGCGGCCGGAGCCCUUGCGAGCGCGGGGGCAGGGCUCGGCAGCCCGAUGGCGAGCAGCCGGAGCAUCGAGCUGGAGCACUUCGAGGAGCGGGACAAGAGGCAGCAGCGCUCCGGGCCCCGCCGCGGCGGCUCCGGCUCGGGCUCGGGCGGCGGCGGGGGGCCGCGGGGUAACGGGCUGAUCCCCAGCCCGGCGCACAGCGCCCACUGCAGCCUCUACCGGACGCGCACCCUGCAGGCGCUCAGCUCGGAGAAGAAAGCCCGCAAAGCCCGCUUCUACCGCAAUGGGGACAAGUACUUCAAGGGCUUGGUGUACGCCAUCUCCCCCGACCGCUUCCGCUCCUUCGACGCCCUCCUCGCCGAGCUCACCCGCUCCCUGUCGGACAACGUGAACCUGCCCCAGGGCGUCCGCACCAUCUACACCAUCGACGGCAGCAAGAAGCUCACCAGCCUGGACGAGCUGGUGGAAGGUGAAAGUUACGUAUGUGCAUCCAAUGAACCAUAUCGCAAAGUUGAUUAUACCAAGAAUGUCAAUCCAAACUGGUGCGUGAACAUAAGGACUGGGUCUACUCGAUCCUUGACAUCUUUGACAUCCACAAAGAGUGAAGUGAAGGAGAGUAAAGAUUUCAUUAAACCCAAAUUGGUGACUGUUAUUAGGAGUGGAGUAAAACCACGAAAAGCUGUGAGAAUUCUGCUGAAUAAGAAGACUGCUCACUCCUUCGAACAGGUCUUGACUGACAUCACAGAAGCCAUUAAGUUAGAUUCGGGUGUAGUCAAGAGACUUUGUACGCUGGAUGGAAAGCAGGUGACAUGCUUGCAGGACUUCUUUGGAGAUGAUGAUGUCUUCAUUGCAUGUGGACCUGAAAAAUAUCGGUAUGCUCAGGAUGACUUCGUCUUGGAUCACAGCGAAUGCCGUGUUAUGAAGUCAUCUUAUUCCCGAUCAUCUGGCAUGAGGUAUUCUGGGUCCAAAAGUCCAGGACCUUCACGUCGAAGCAAAUCACCUGCCUCAGUAAAGAGGGGUGGCCACUACUCCAGUGCAUAUUCUUCAGCAAAAUCCCCAGUUAAUGGAACCCCAAGCAGUCAAUUAUCCACCCCAAAAUCUACAAAGUCCUCCAGUUCUUCACCAACAAGCCCAGGCAGCUUCCGUGGACUCAAGAUCCCUCCACAUGGUGGAUCUUCUUCCAAUGUGAAUGGUAUACCUGAAUCACUCCGUUGCCAGAGUCCUGAAGGUGUGAAUGGAAACAAGUGCUCAGUGUCAUCCACCAUUCUAGAGAAGUAUAAAGUUGGAAAGGUGAUUGGUGAUGGCAAUUUUGCUGUUGUGAAGGAGUGCAUAGAACGAUCCACAGGAAAGGAGUUUGCACUGAAGAUCAUUGACAAGGCUAAAUGCUGUGGAAAGGAACACCUGAUUGAAAAUGAAGUAUCUAUUCUGCGUCAAGUGAAGCAUCCAAAUAUCAUCAUGCUGAUAGAAGAAAUGGACACCCCAACAGAACUCUAUCUGGUAAUGGAGUUGGUCAAGGGAGGAGACCUAUUUGAUGCUAUCACUUCUUCUACAAAAUACACAGAGCGAGAUGGGAGUGCAAUGGUCUACAAUCUAGCCAGUGCACUCAAAUACCUUCAUGGUCUCAACAUUGUGCACAGAGACAUCAAGCCAGAAAAUCUCCUGGUCUGUGAAUAUCCAGAUGGAACUAAGUCUUUGAAGCUAGGAGACUUUGGACUGGCAACUGUGGUUGAAGGACCUUUAUAUACCGUUUGUGGUACGCCCACAUAUGUGGCUCCAGAAAUCAUUGCAGAGACAGGGUAUGGCUUAAAGGUAGAUAUUUGGGCUGCAGGCGUGAUCACAUACAUACUGUUAUGUGGAUUUCCACCUUUUCGCAGUGAAAACAACCUUCAGGAAGACCUUUUUGAUCAGAUACUCGUUGGGAAGCUGGAAUUCCCUUCGCCCUACUGGGAUAACAUCACUGAUUCAGCAAAGGAGUUAAUUAGCCUGAUGUUACACGUGAAUGCUGAAGCUCGAUAUACAGCUGCACAAAUCCUAAGCCAUCCCUGGGUGUCAGAUGAUGCUUCCCAGGAGAAUAAUAUGCAAGCUGAAGUAACAGGUAAACUGAAGCAGCACUUUAACAACACCCUACCCAAGCAAAAUAACACAUCUGCUGGGGUUUCUGUCAUCAUGAACACAGCUCUAGAUAAAGAGAGUCAGAUUUUCUGCAGCAAGCGCUGUCAGGACUCCGAUAGAGCUGGAAUGGAGACAGCUUCUGCAAUUACUGCUGCAGCUGAUGAUCCUCGUGUGAUUGGGUCCAAGACCCUCCUCCCUGCUGCUUCUGAGCCAGUCAGAUCCCCCUCGCUCCCCACCUCAGUGUCUCCUGAGUUUGCUGGGGAUCAGCCUGGUGUGUAGGACUGAUUAAACCAAGUGCAACUGAAGCUCCCUGCACUCUUGCCACAGUUACUCUUCAUUUCAUAUGAUGGUUCGUUUCCAGUUUUCUUGCACCCUCCCGUGGCAAGCUCAGGGCAGGCUCUGCCACGAGAGACUGAAAUUCUAACGGCGGGUGAACAAAUGUGGUCUUCUGAGUGCUCUUUGCCCUCGGUCUGGAGAACAUCAGUAGGGAGAAAGAUUCUCGUAAUGUUAGAUGAUUUUUAAGUUACCUGUGUUAGUUUAAUUUACUGCAUUCACACAGCCUUGGGCUCUGUAAGUAGACUAACUUAACUGUGUAGCUAACCAUAUUUUUAUAUAGGCAUUUGAGAUGAUGAACAGUUGCCAGGCUUCGCUUCUACCAGCAGGCCCCAUUGCAUUCUUUUGAUGAGGCUUCUCAGAAAAGCAAGAGAGGAAGACAAGGGAAGAAAACUCAUAUUCACCUUCUAUUCUGAUGCCUCUACUUUUAGUCAAGCUUCCACCAAACUUGAAGAGGCAUAUUUUCAUAAAAUAAAUUAGUGAACUAACUGUAAAAUAUCAUGAGGCAAACACUGGAGAUACAGGGAAAGAUGGUAAUUUUUGCAUAAAGUUUGUUUAGACUUGCAGGCUGCAGGGUAGUGUUUAGAUAAUGCGAAUUUAAAUGAAGCGACUUGGGAUAUGAACAUGAGCACUGGACAUUUAUUUGUAAUGAAGACUGGAGUCAAGGAAACCUUUUUGUUCAAGCUGUUUUCUAUCCUAAUCACAAAUGUCGCAUCCACACCUUUCUCCAGAGUCAGGUCACCUAUUAGAUACAACAAAAUGACUUUGGAGCUGUGAACAGAGAGCCUGCUGCACGUCAUCUAAGCUAGGAUGGAUGGAACAGUUCCUAGUUCUAUGGCAAGCUGAUAGAGGAGCUACUACAAAUGGCCUCAAAAAAAAGCUACCCACAAAAAGUAGCUGUCAGAGGUUUGUCAGUGCUAUCCCCCUAUUCACCUGGUGCAGGCACUGGAAACAAGGAUUGGGGAGCAGCCAUCCUUAAUCUGCAGUCACAGUUAGAUGAGGUUUUAUCUUUACCAUACUGCUUAGUUCAAUAUUGUAUCUAUUCAGCUUAUUCUUUUCCUUUGCUUGUUCUUAUGAAUUGGUCAUAGAUCAUUUUCUUUCUUAGCUAUACUUUCUACUAGAAUUGUAAAAGAAAGACCUGCAAUAAACUUUCUAAAAUUAAAACCCUCGGUCAUUUAUUUCUUUGAGAAUUCAGUUAUUUUGUUAGUGGAGACCGACCAUUUAGGUACCUAGCAAGAAGAUUUCAUAAAAUAAAUCCAAGCAUUUCCCAUAACCUUUUAAAGUCCUUUGAUAUGUACGGAAGACAGAGGUAAUACAUGACUGACCAUGAGUAAUUGUCUCUUCAAAAGAUAAAGCAAAGUGCACAAAGUGCCAAUUGAUAACUUAAAGUCCCAGUACAGCUGAGAGAUUUACAGGUAUAUUGACAAAAAAAUGGGUAUGAAAAGUUCAUAAACUAUCAUAAAAAUGUUGGGCUAGGUCAGGACCAAAAAAGUCUGAGUUGCAACUAGUUAUUGUGAGUUAACUUUUUUUUUUUUUAAUGGGAUCACUGGAAUGAUUUCAAGAUUAAGGGAGACUAAGGGAAUGGCCUUUGUAUUAAAUUAUGUACAUUUAUAUUUUUGUACAGUACAACAAUAUGAAGAUAAGCCUAAUCUUACCCAGAAACUAAUGAGAGUCCACAGGAUAGAUAUGUGUAUGCAAUUGGUAAGUUUGGUAAGGAGUCUUGGGCUAAGGUAAAGAAAAGAUGUGUAAUUUCGGAUGGGAUGGGCUAACCCAAACACCUACAGCAAAGAAAGGGAGCCUCUGACAGAGAAGACAGCGACAAGCUACUGAACUGGGAGAUAAAUAAGGAAGUAGCAGCAAAGUGAUGAAGACUGGGUUAUUUUAAGCUCUGUUUUUUUUCUAAGAGGAUGGAUAUUCAGCUGUGUAAGGCCUAGAUACUUAUUUUAUAAAGGAAAAAUUGACACGGAUUAACAGAGAUAGCUAAGAAGUUGUUUGCCACAAAGCCUCAUACCUAUAAUAAAGGAAAGGAUGAAAAUUUAACCGGUAAUCAGCAGUCAGUUGAACCACUGUUUUGCUGCAUAGAAAAAGAGGGUAAAAGGCUUACAAAUCUUUAAGCUCAUGACUGACCAGCACAUGAACAUUUGAAGACAAGUACUUUGAUUCACAGAGGAGAGGCAGCUGAUAGACUAGGCCAAGACACCUACUUAAAAAUAGUGACAACAGCUGGGAAAAAUGAUCAUGUGGCCAACAUACCAGAUAAAAACAUGGGAUAUCUGGGCAAGGUCUUAACUCAGUCCAUGACCAUAGGAAACUUGCAUCACUUCUGCAUGCCUGAAUUUAAUGCCACAGAUGUUAAAGCUAUGGGUAUCACAGUUGAACAUCAAAAUACAGGUGUGUCGGUUAACAAUAAAAUACUUAUGUAAUGAAGACUCCUAAGUCCU